AACGUGAGUUAAAGGAAGCAAGGAUUUCAAACCUUUUUUCUUUUCUGGAUAGUUCAGAAUCGUAUUCUUCUCUCUCAAGCAUUCUCCUUACUAAUUACUUGACUACAGCACAUAGUUUAAAAUGAAGAAUUUGUAUUCAAUUCAUCCUUGCACUAUUUCAUGCAUCAAAAAUAGGAACCAAAUUAAGUCCCAAGCUGCAUGAGAAAUACUGUAUUGGAAACUUGGUUGCACCACAGUUACUUCUAAUCCAGUAAAAAACAGGGUUCUGUCUCACGGAAUACAAGGAGCUGUAUUGUAUUCUGUGUCUGAGAGGCUAAGGUUUUCCACAGGUAGGGUAAUAAAGCUGUCAUGAAGCACAACUGACGUCCAGUAAAUGCUGUGAACUGGAACUGUGUAAAUGCCACUGAGAUUUUUAAGUGAGGCCACAUAUUUAACAUACAGUUAUCACCAGAGUGAAAGUUGUUUAGCUAAUGCGGGUGGCAUUUGCACUGCAAACUGAUGGAGUCUAAGUUCUAACAAAGCACAGGCAGAAGUGAACCCCAGUCUUGAAUCUCCACCAAGAAUGUCUUGUUACUAUACUUCAGAGCUUGGGAUAAUAGUACGAGUUUUCUGCUACACAGUGAGAAACAUUCUGCAGUGCACAAAUACCAGGUCUUUCAGAGAUAAGAAUUAGAAAGCCAGUCUACAGAGAUAGGGCGUGAGUGCUGAGUCUACACACUGGCUAGUGUUGAGCAGCUGGGCUGUCUGCUACUACCCGAGCACGUAUUUAGUAUGUGAGUCCCAGCCUUUUGUAGCCAAUGGUGCUAGUGCAGGAAGGCUGAGAGAGGACGUAAGUAACGCAGAAAGGACCUGUCUUAUUUUCUGUAGAUAUUAAUUGUUCUUCUGCUUGUUUUGUUACCUUUGUGUAGUCUGCUGCAGAGGGGCAGAAAGGUGACCGAGUUCUGAGUGUUCCAGCAGACUCCAGGAAAGUCUGACAAUUGUGCAGGGACAAUCUUUGGCAGCUGAAAAGCGAUACGUGGUAAUUGUUCAAAGUUUCUGCAUUUAUCAGCAGAGGCUGACAGGUCAGGGAGGGCAGAAUCAUUGUAGGGAGUUCCUAAGAAACUGGAAACACUUGCCAAGGAGCAGAUGAGAGAGGAAGGGUCUAUAGGAAGGCAGGCUAUAACCCAGUCCACAGACAAGAGAAAGGUAUCAUAAGUAGCUGGGGCCUACCCCGUGUUGAGAGAAGUACUAUAGUUGGUCCAGGCAAUAUAUUCUUUCUCAUCUCUGUAUUUCCAGAGGUAGAUGAAGUAUGAGUAAAUAGCUAUUUAUUUUGAAUAAGCUGCUCGUUAGCACUGCAUGUAUCUUCUCAUGCUGACUCCUUGAGUUAAGACAAACGGGGGUUCUGAAACCAGGAGCAGAGUCUAAAGGAUGCUAAACGGGUGUAUUUCAUCCAGAAGGAAUGGGACCACAUAGCCUUCAAGACUGAUACACUGAGAACAUGGUCAAAGGCAUACUGUUUCCUGGAAACAAGCGAGGCAGGACGGGAGUAUCUGAGUCACCGGCUACCCCUAAUAGCUAAAUAAAACAGACCACGGGCUUGCUUUGUCCGAAGACAAGUGGCAUUGUAUAGUCACAUCCAUAUGGAUAAACACUCUUGCCUCCCAAACCAGGAUGAUCUUUUCCAUACUGUCUACUGGAAACAGCCCCUGGGCUGUGAUAUCCCUAGAACAUGUCCAGUCAUUACCUGGGAGGGUUGGCACAGGCCAGGCAGUGUGCUAGAGAACAAACAGCAUGGAUGACUGAGCCAGCCAAACCUGUCCUGUGGUCCUGUUUUAUUUAUCAAAUAGGCUUAACCAUGGAAUCAAGUUCUGCUAUUGUUAUCCUGUUCCUGAAGGUAGUAAGUUUCAUUUAAAUCCAUUAGGCUGGUUGUUACCACCCCUCAUAUUAGAAGACUACUCCAAAUCUUACUCCUCUGAGACCUGGAAGCAUCAUUACAAGGCUGAAUGAGACUCUGAGCUGUGGAAGUUGCCAGCAAACAAAAUCCUUUAGUGCUUCUGCUGAAGACUCAAUACACAUACACUAGAAGAGGACUACAGAGAGUGUUUGCUGUCAGAGAGGAUGCCUGACUCAGAUAUGAUAAACAGGAAAGCAUAAUGCAAAUCGCUGAUAGGCAUCACUACUUGGUCCAGUGAGAACCACCAUCAAAACCAUCCCUCGUGAAUGGAUACAUUUAUGAUGGAAUAUCUGUUCCGAAAAACUGGGCAGGAAGAUCAGAUACCCAAGUGAUGCACUGUAGAUUUGUUGCUGCACAGAGACAUAAAAUGACCUGGGAUUGCCUGUAUGUGAGAGCAGAGAUAAGAAAGAGGAUGACUGUAAUGUUUUCAUUGCACAGGGGAAGAGAAGUACCUGCACAGAGGAGCAAAAGCAAAAAAAGUCCAAAGCAAGUAUCUGAAAUGCAUUAAGAGCAGUUAUGAGUGAUUAACCAGCUCUUACUUAAUCCAAAUAUAUUUGUCACACACAAGUUGUUUUUUCAUAGCCAUGCAUUUGUAGAAAUCAUCAGUAAGGGUUUUCCAAAAUCAAAUACUCUUACAUUAACCAUUACCUAUACCAGAUGAAAAAAAUAAAAAUUCUGGGUUUGGAUUUCUAAACACACAAAGCUGGAAAUGUUCAGAACAGGGUUUUAACUUGGCCUUUGUGAAUAUAAUGGUUUCAAAGACCCCUUGAAGGUCUGGAGAUGUUUGACCCUGUUUGGAUUUGAAAGCAUGGGCACCAACUAGAAAAAAACCCAGAGGUUUGCCACUGCAGUGAAGGAGACAAGCUCUGUGAAGAUGAGCUCCUCUCCUACUGUAUGUGUAUGACAGAAAUGAGGUGGCCUUUUCUUUCAGAAGUGCUGCAGAAAUGAUCUUUUGCCUUAAUUUCCUCUCUGAUCCAGAUCUCUUUCAAUGGGUAAUUAAUCUUUAUAGUCAGCUAUUAUUCUGCCAGAUGAUCUCUCAUCUGCUGAACUGUCAAAAGCUUGUUGACUUCACAUUGUUUUCAAACUGGUUGCUACAGUUAGAAAUCAAAUUUGAUUUAUAGAAAUCAGGUUUCAAAACAGCUGACACCGUCUGAGAAAGCUGCAAAAAUUCUGUGAAGAGAAUUUAUUGUUUUGACUUCAGUACCGGAUUACAGAUUACCUUCUCAUACACCGUGAACAAAUCACUCCAAGCAAAGGCUUAUUAUGAUGAUGAUUUAUGGCUUUAAUUUCUAAGAGACCGUAUGCAUUGACAUCUGGCUGAUGUUUCCUGGCACUGGAUUCACUCAACAUUGCAAAUAUUCUUCAAAGCUGCCUUAAACAAUUUAUGAGCUUUAAUGCCAUUUUUUAAAGUAAUUAAUGUAUUUGUAAGUCUAGGGAGGCAGACUUACAGCAAGUUCCUGUCACUCAGCUGAACUGUAGUAGUGACCACAUAAAUAUACAUUCUUUCUGCUUCUACCCUCAGUUUCGUUGAAAUUCAGUGUGACAGUUUUCCAGCUGGUAUACAUUUAUGCAGGGCAAGUGGGCUCAAGCAUGCUCUUGUGCUGCUCACUCUCCCUCUCUGGGUUUUACUGACUUUUUAUCUAAAAGCUGAUUAUGAUUGAAAUAAUGAGCAGCAAUUUAUUAGUACAUUUUGAAAAAUCUAUAUUCUUCUUCUCUUAAAGUACAGAACUUGUUGGAUACUGUCUGUAACUGCCAAGAGUUUUGAACGGCCAGUCUGGCAGCUGUACUUCAGUCCCUGACUUGUGUUACAGUGACACCCUUACCAAGUGUCCCUUUGCCUCGGUACAAGACUUAGAAUCUUUGAUUCCUAACAGCCACUCCCUCUGAGGCCUUGGACAGGUAGAACUGUGGCUUGUGUGCAUUGAUUUGUUCAAGUUUCAACAUUUCCAAAGAUGAAACAGAAACAGAUGCUCACAGCAGAUCUGUGACUCUGUCUCACGGCACAGCUUUUCUCUCAUCAUUGGCCACAUGCUCCCUGCUUAGGUUAUGAUGCUUACUUAGAUCAUGAGAUUUAAAUUCUAAACCCUUUAGAAAGUGUUGUGAGCCUAAGAGCAUGAGAGCAGCUAAAACCAAAUCUGGCUCACCUGUGCCAGUUUCCUCCCACCAUCUCCAGCAUUUGGAGGCAGUGGUGGGUGCCAGGGGAAGCGUAUCAGCGCAGAGCAAGUGUUCUGUGAUACUCCUCAGCGUUCUGUCCCUGGCUCCCAGGAUUCCCACCUGGGUGCUGCUGGAACAGGUUCAGUGACAAACGCCCUGUGGAGCCUGUGUAAGGAGGAACCAUCCGGGCUGUGUGGGUUUUUUGGUGAUUUGCCUGGGACAUAGACUUCACAAAGAUCUGGGUGUGUUUAUGUCUGGUUUCUCUGCGACCACCUGUUUAUCUUCCCAAGUGGUUGUGACCUUUAUGUGUUCACAUAGCCCUUCUGUCUUCUCCUCAUCAGACUGCUCCAUUCUUCCGUGUUGAUGUCUCCUAGAAGAGCCAUUAGAUUGCUUUGGGGACCGAGUGAUCUCCAGGGUUGCCAUGCACUCUUGUGUCACCUUGUCUCAAGUGGCCACCAGCUAUAUUCCCACUCCAGCACAGCACAGCUAGGAUCUUCGAGUGGUGGUACUUCCGCAAGUACGGGACGUCCUUCAUCGAGCAGGUCUCGGUGAGCCACUUGCGCCCUCUGCUGGGCGGGGUGGACAACAGCGCGCCCAGCACCGCCAGCGCCGCCAACGGGGACGCGGACUCCAGCCGCCAGAGCGUCUCAGAAUGCAAAGUCUGGCGAAAUCCUUUAAAUCUGUUCAGAGGAGCUGAAUAUAAUCGGUAUACAUGGGUAACAGGGAGAGAACCUUUGACUUACUACGAUAUGAAUCUUUCAGCACAGGACCAUCAGACAUUCUUUACAUGUGACACAGAUCAUUUACGGCCUGCAGAUGCUAUAAUGCAAAAAGCCUGGAGAGAGAGAAACCCCCAAGCCCGAAUUUCUGCAGCACAUGAAGCUUUGGAGUUGAAUGAGUGUGCUACUGCCUAUAUUCUCCUGGCUGAAGAGGAAGCAACAACAAUAGUAGAAGCAGAGAAGCUGUUCAAGCAAGCACUGAAGGCUGGAGAGGGCUGUUACAGGCGCAGUCAGCAGCUGCAGCACCAUGGUGCCCAGUAUGAAGCCCAACACAGAAGGGACACGAAUGUGUUAGUUUAUAUUAAGAGGAGACUGGCAAUGUGUGCAAGAAAGCUGGGAAGGACCAGGGAAGCAGUGAAAAUGAUGAGAGAUUUGAUGAAGGAGUUUCCUCUGCUCAGCAUGUUCAACAUCCAUGAAAACCUUCUAGAGGCUUUGUUGGAACUGCAAGCAUAUGCAGAUGUCCAGGCAGUCUUAGCAAAGUAUGAUGAUAUAAGCUUACCAAAAUCAGCAACAAUAUGUUACACAGCUGCAUUGCUCAAAGCCAGAGCUGUCUCUGACAAAUUUUCUCCAGAGGCUGCCUCAAGGCGAGGGCUGAGUACUGCAGAGAUGAAUGCAGUAGAAGCUAUUCACAGAGCAGUGGAAUUUAAUCCACAUGUGCCAAAAUAUCUACUAGAAAUGAAAAGCUUAAUUCUGCCCCCUGAACAUAUUCUGAAGAGAGGGGACAGUGAAGCAAUAGCAUAUGCUUUCUUUCAUCUUCAACACUGGAAAAGAGUAGAGGGGGCAUUGAAUCUCUUACACUGCACAUGGGAAGGCACUUUCAGAAUGAUCCCCUAUCCACUGGAAAAAGGACAUCUUUUCUAUCCUUACCCUAUUUGUACAGAAACUGCAGAUAGAGAACUACUACCGUCCUUUCACGAAGUUUCAGUUUACCCCAAGAAAGAGCUUCCCUUCUUCAUCCUCUUCACUGCUGGACUAUGUUCUUUCACAGCCAUGCUAGCCCUCCUGACACAUCAGUUCCCAGAGCUUAUGGGGGUCUUCGCAAAAGCUUUUCUCAGCACCCUCUUUGCCCCUUUAAAUUUUGUGAUGGAGAAAGUAGAGAGUAUCCUGCCCUCCAGCCUGUGGCACCAGCUGACAAGGAUCUGAGGGAGCACACCCACUGACUGACUGCCAUGACAUCUUCUGUGCCAACUUUUUGUUGACCACAAGAAAGCAUGAUAAAAAAGGGAAGCAGUUCUAAGACUUAAAAACUCUUCAUGGAUUGUCUGUUCUCAUAUAAAAACUGUUUUGUUGUACAAAAUACAUCGAUGUUAGGUUCUAUUAUAUUUUGCCUUCAGAAAAGAAAAACCUGAAAAUAAACUUUUGUGUAUUGCA